UACAAACAGGUUUGAAGAUGGCUUUUCAGCCAUUAAGGGAUGUAGUUCUUUUGCAGUGUUCUAAUGUUAUUUUUCUCUUCCUAGAAUGCCUAAAUCAAAGGAACUUGUGUCGUCAAGCUCAUCUGCCAGUGAUUCAGAUAGUGAAGUUGACAAAAAGGCAAAGAGGAAAACGCAAGCAGCUCCAGAAAAGCCUGUAAAGAAACAAAAGACUGGUGAAAGUUCAAAAGGUGCUGCAGCUUCUUCUAAGCAAAGCAGUACCACAGAUGAAAAUAUGUUUCAGAUUGGCAAAAUGAGAUAUGUCAGCGUUCGUGACUUUAAAGGGAAAGUUUUAAUUGAUAUUAGAGAAUAUUGGAUGGAUCAAGAAGGUGAAAUGAAGCCUGGCAGAAAAGGUAUUUCUUUAAAUCCAGAACAGUGGAACCAGCUGAAGGAACAGAUUUCUGAUAUUGAUGAUGCAGUAAGAAAACUGUAAAGAGAGCCAUACAGAAACAUUUAUCACUUCGGUUGUCCUAAGCAGUCCUUUAGCAUUGGCUUUAGUUUUAUAAAACAUUGUUUUCCAAGCUAUUGUAUAUUUGGAUUGCAAAACAAUUUGUAAGAUGAAUACUUUUUUUAUGUGCAUUAAAAGUGUAUUUUAAGUGAGGCUAUUUGUGUGUACUUUACUAAAAGGUAAUGUGUUGCAUUUGCCUCAUGGUGUAAAAUAAAUAAUAUGCAAAGGA